AUGUCCCUGUACAAAGCUUUCCGGUCUCUCGUAAGGAGGGUACGGUCGGUGUUGAUCCUGGCGGUCACAAUCUUACUGCUCUUCUACUAUACAUUCGAGAAUGAAAUUGACAUGCUCAAUUCAUUUGCAGAAAAUGAAUACAUUCCAUCAAUAAAGGAUGUGGCAAGAAACGAGGGCGGACUAGAUCUAGCAGAUAUACGACGGGAAGGUGUGCUAAAAGAUGAGCCUACAGGCUUGGAUCCGACAGAUUUGAAAGCUUUAAGAGAAAAGAACAAGUACUUCCCAUUACUGAUCUCUGAUGCGUCAAAGGAUCCAUCUGCUUUACUGGAGACUUCAAGUGAUUUGGAUCCGACGAAAUUUGCUAGUCAUAAGGAGAGAUACCCUGUAUUAAAUGAAGUAUCACUACCGGUAAUUCUAACGCCAGGAGAAGGAAGUGACUUAGCGGUUCAGAGCAGUGUAUUCGAGGACGAGGGUGUAGCUGAUGAAAAGAUGUUGCGGAAUAUCAAGGAACUUUUCGUAAAUACAUGGAAGCAGGAAGAUUUAGUCGGAAAAAUCUCUGAGUUCCAUUGGCCGAUGAACUUGAUUGAUGCACUCGACACUCUAUAUAUCUUGAAAGAAGAGGAGGAAUUUGAAAGUGCAUUGAAUGCUAUAUCUGAGGUUACCUUUUCGCUGCCGCCAGCUUCCAUUGAGGCUGUCGAUAUAUCAGAUGUGGGAUCGCGGGCACUAGGAGGCCUGAUGUCUGGCUAUGAACUAUCUGGGAAUGCUACUUUGCUGCAAAAGGCGAAGGAAGUAGCAGACUUUUCAUUGAGAGCCUACGAUACACCAAACAGACUUCCAUUGCUGAACUUCUUUUGGAAAUCAAAACUUGACAACAGAUUUCCCUAUCAAAAGGCAAAUGCAGGAGCAUUGACAAGCAUGACAUUGGAGUUGAUUAAACUAUCACAAAUUACACAGGAAAAUAAGUAUUUUGAUGCCGCUCAAAGAAUAUAUCGUACGAUUUCUCUUUCCACUAAUGAAUUCGAUUUAGAGUACUUAUUCCCAAAUCAGGUUGACGCCUCGGGAUGCACUCCAAUCUCCACUGACCAAAUUCAACUGGGGAGGCAUUUAAGCCAAUUCAAGGGUAUGAAGAGUAUAGAUGAAAACCUUCAGUUUAUUCAUUGCCAUCAGACAGGGAAAUUGAUCAGUUUUAACCCUAAAAAGGUCAAGCAAGAACAGCAUUUUGACAUGGAUGCUCAGGCACAAUUGUUGUACUCCAACUUGGUCAAGUCUUACCAUCUUUUGAAUGGAAAUGAUCUGUUGAAAUUCUCUGAUAACUAUUUUGAACCGAAUGAUGAUGAUAUCAGAGAUGAUUCCAAGAUCAAAAACUCACCCAGUGGAAUAAAUAAGAAUAAAGAGAAGGCCCAGAGCUCUAGGCAUAUAUUCACUAAGGCCAUGGAUUCUGUAAGGGACCUGAUGGCGUUUAAUCCUGCGACACCUCUGAAAGAAAACAUUACACUCCUGUCGUCUCUAAAAACAAGAACCCACUUGUCGCCGGCCACCAAUGAAGUUAACGUCGAAAUAACCAGAAUGUACGACAUGAAAUUUGAAAGGUGCUCCUUGGCCUCCACCUUGGCAUUGGGUUCAAAACUUUUUAACAUGCCCACCUUUGGCGAUUUCGCUAAUGAUCUGGCUACCGGUUGCUUUCAUUUAAUAGAGGAGUUCGGGGGGUUCCAACCAGUCGAACUUUAUCUGGAUCCCUGUGAAAAUGAGCAAUGUAAUUUGGACGUUGAGCUCAAAGUUGAAAGGACCAAAAAUGGUCAUUACUAUAGACUCGAUAGUGACAAAGCAGAAACUGUUCAGCAGGAUGAAAUCAAAGUUUCCCAGCAAGGAGAUGUAACGGUUCCACCACGGAGGGUGUUGGCGUUUGCGUACAAGCAAGGGCCUUCGUUCUUCAGAUCAGGCGACCUGGAAGUCGAUACAAGGAAGCUUCAAUGGAAAGAUGAUCCACGUCGUCCGCUCUGGGUAAACAAGAUGGGACAGCUGAGAGUCCUCUCUCCAGACGCUGUUGAAGCUAUAUUUUACCUUUACAGAACUACGGGAGAUGCUAAAUGGAGACAAAUGGCACGAACAAUGUUCCAAAUGACGUUAGAGACUUUACAAAACUCAAAUGGUGGAGCCAAAGGAGUCUGGAAAAUCAAUGAAUUGUAUGAUGAUGGUACGGGUCUGGCCUCUAGUAGUUGGCUCUCUAAGACCUUGAAGUAUUACUUCUUGCUUUUCUCCGACAAGAACUACUAUUCUCUUGAUGACUAUGUCUUUACCUCUGGGGGUCAUUUAUUAAGGAAGGCAGAGGUGAAAUCUUGA